AUGCCCCGCUCGCCAAAGAGACACGGCCUUGUUAUCGAGGACGCCAGCUGGCGAUGGUCAGAAGAAAGCACUCCGCCCCGACUGACCAUAUCACCGAGCUCAUCCAACGAGAGCAUCGACAGACUGAUGCCAUCUACCCCAAGGUCCAAGCCAUCAACACCACUCAGCGAGAAGACCAUGUCACUGGCCUUGACUCCGACUCCGACUGCGACUUCCGCUGAUACCGAGUCGAUGCUGCUUCCUGGAUUCCACUUCUCUACCACUGACGAAAGCGUGGAUGCUGCCGAGUUCCACCGCAUCGCCGCCCAGCUACUGUCUGGGGAGCAGUCGAAGCGCGAUUCUUUCGUCUCAGAUGAAGUUGCUGAGGCUGCAAGGCCCCGACAGCUUCACUGUGACCUCGGAAAGGAUCCUUCUGGGAGAUAUUGCUGUUCGUGUGGCAAAUCUUACAACACUCAAUCACGCUUGCGUGAGCAUACUCAAGCAUGCGCUGGCACUACCAAUUAUCCCUGUCCGACUUGCGACAAGAUAUUUACGUCCCAAACGCGACUGGAUCGACACAUCUCUUCAAGACACAACGACAACAAAGAAGCUUGUCCUGAGUGCGGUGAGAUGUUCCGCGCGGAUCGUCUUCCUCUCCACCUUGCAUUCGGUCUUGGGGGGUGCGAUGGCAUGGUUCAGGCAUCUUUAGGACCUGCACCCGAAAUAGAUCAGGUUUACCGGCAUAGCGCUAGAGCUUCCACAUCGCAACACUACUGGAUCUAUGAUGGCGACCUUCGAUGGAGACUGAGUCUGGGUACCAAGCACGACUCCGGCUAUGAUGAAGACAAAGCCGAGGAGCAGACUAUGACCUUCGUUACCCGCCUGCUUCAGCGAUCACAAGAAUCGUCAGAACCAUGCGAUCUGUGCGGCGAGACCUUCGCGACCCAAGACGCACUCACGCAGCACAUCGGCGAGCACUCUCUGGACUUCAACGAGAAACGUCAUCGAUGCGACGAAUGCAUGAUCUAUUUCGCGCACGAAAAAGAUCUGGAACGACAUCUGCAGUCUGUGAACCUUAACCAACAUUGUGGCUUCACAUUCCGGCACUGUGCUGGGGCUUGCACGGGUCACCACCCUCCAACAUACUACAAGUCCAGCCUCUGCAACGAUCACAACUUAAUGCAGAAACACCUCUGGUCUUGGGAACUUUGCCAAUUGAGGACGCAUCGCGCUACCGUGGCACGCAUGCUCGCCCAGCGCGUCAGCAAGACCGCUUCGCCGCACAUGUCGGUGCAGGACUGCAAGCGUACAUAUCACUCCGUGCUGCCGCAUAUGAGCAUCGCAAGCCGUGACAGCAUUCGCUCGGACGCCAGCUGGUCCAGAGUGCGGCGUCCAUCGGAGACAUCUGAGCUCGUUGCGCACUUCAGCCGCAUCGUCUCCCAGACGUACCCAAAGGAAGACCUGGUCCGACUCAAGGAACUCCAAGAAGCUGAUGCUCUCCUCGGUGCUCGUCCAGACUCAGCCGUCUUGUCUAGUCCCCGCGACUCGAAGCACAUCUCGAAACGGAAAAGCAUCGUCGACCUCGCCAAGCGCAAGACGGUCCUCGAUGGUGUCAAAUACGGCCAUAAACGAGGUAGUUCCAAUCCUUUGAGCUUUCUGAGGCGUACAGCUAGUAGUGAAGAUGCCAGGCCCCAAUCAUUGCCUGCCACCGCGCUGGGUAGCACGCCGUUGGUAAAGCUGUCUGCUUGA